GGCAGCGCUGACUUCAGCAGUCGAGAAAAGUUUCCUAAGAAGAAAACAAUCCACGUCCUCAUUUGACAGACCAGCAGAACCUCUGCAAACAACCAACAUGGCAGCAGUGAGCAGUCUUCUCCAUGAAGAUCAGUUUCUCUGCUCCAUCUGUCUCGAUGUGUUCACUGAUCCAGUCACCAUACCAUGUGGACAUAACUUUUGCAAGACCUGCAUCACCGAGCACUGGAGUGUAAAUGUCCCAUGCCAGUGUCCCCUGUGCAAAGAGCUUCAUGAGAAAAAACCUGACCUGCGGAUCAACACAGUUUUAUCGGAGAUGGCUUCUCAGUUAAGACUGUCAGUUCAGAAGGAAACCAGCAGCAGCUCAGAGGAACAACCCGCCAACACAGGAGAAGUUCUCUGCGAUUAUUGCACUGAAACCAAACAGAAGGCCCUGAAGUCCUGCCUGGAUUGUCUGGUCUCCUACUGUGAGACUCACCUGGAGCCUCAUCAGAGAAUCCAAGCUCUGAAAAGACACAAGCUGGUCAAUCCCGUGGAGAACCUUGAAAGCAGGAUCUGUAAGAAGCACGAAAGACCUCUGGAGCAGUUCUGCAAAACUGACCAGGUAUGUGUGUGUGGAUUCUGUAUUGAGUCAGAACACAAGAGUCAUCAAAUAGUUUCUCUCAGAGAAGAAUAUGAAGCAAAAAAAGCGGUGCUGAGCGAAACUGAAGCUGAGGUUCAGAAGAUGAUCAAGGAGAGACAAGUGAAGAUUGAGGAUUUCAAACAGUCUGUGAAGCUCAGCAAGGAAGACGCCGACAGAGAGACGGCUACAAGUGUGCAUGUGUUCACUGCUUUGAUCCGGUCCGUUGAGGAAGGCCUGGCCCAGCUCAUUGACUUGAUCAAGGAGAAGCACAGCACAACAGAGAAACAGGCUGAAGAUUUCAUCAAAGUGCUGGAAGAGGAGAUCUCUGAGCUGACGAAGAGAAUCACUGAGGUGGAGGAGCACUCACGCAACAAAGACCACCUCCAGUUCCUAGAAAGCUUCCCAUUGCUGAACCCUGCUCCACCCACCAAAGACUGGACAAAGGUCAGAGUUUACUCAUCAUAUGAGCGCCGUAAAGCUUUAAGAACAGCUUUGGCUCAGCUGCAGGAGAUGGUCACCAAAGAGGUGAAGAAGAUGUGCUCUGAUGUCGAGCUGAAGGAAGUCCAACAGUUUGCAGUAGAUGUGACUCUUGAUCCCGAAACAGCUCAGCGUGAGCUCAUGCUGUCUGAUGAUGGGAAGCAAAUCCGCCAUGCAUCUAUUAAACGGAUUUAUUCAGACAGCUCAAAGAGAUUUUUAAGUCAUUUCUGUGUGGUAGGAAAGCAGAGUUUCUCUUCAGGAAGAUCUUACUAUGAGGUUCAAGUUGGAGGGAAGACUGAUUGGCUUGUGGGAGUGGCCAGAGAGUCUAUUAACAGAAAAGUACCCCUCACAUUUUCUCCUCAGAAAGGUCUCUGGACUGUUUGGCUGGAUGAAGGAAAGUUCAAAGCUUAUACUGACCCUCCAGUCAAUUUGUGUUUGAAUUCAAAGCCUCAGAAAGUUGGAGUGUUUGUGGAUUACGAGGAGGGUCUGGUCUCUUUUUAUGAUGUAGAUGCUCCAGCUCUCAUCUACUCCUUCACUGGCUGUAACUUCACUGAGAAACUCUUCCCAAUAUUCAAUCCAAAAAAUAAUAAUGGCGGUAGAAACUCCACCCCACUGAUCAUCUGUCCGGUCAAUAAGACUGAUUAAAAUGAUCACACGUCAGAUCCCAAUCGUCUUACAACGAUGUAUCAUCUGGUGGUCAAGUUGAACUUUCAGCAUUUCUUGUGAAGUGAAAUUACUUCCGACCUAGACGUCCUCUCUGUGUGCUGAACUCAUUACAGUCCAAUUAAAAACUUCAAAAUCAAAAGUGAAGCCAAAUUUUCCCCUCCAGAUAUGUCCCCAAAAUAAACGCCAUUGUGUCAUGAUGAUUCAUUACAUCCCCCUGAGUAAUGCUGUCUGUCUGUUAAAGGAAGAAUAUGUGAUUUUUCACAAUUAAAUUUAGCAGAAAUCAAGUAUAUCCUCUGAAAAUAACUCUGAGUCAUGACUGUCUACAAUGGGUGUAACACCCGAGUCCCACUGUAUGUCAUGCUUUCCGAGCCAUAUCUUCACUUUGUUUACAUUAUCAGGACGGCCGGCUGACUCUUCACCUUGCGUAUAAAAGUUGUAUAAUUGAGGGA